CGUCCCGUGCGCGUGGGUGUGUCUGUGGAAUCUGUGGAGAAAGAUGGCUGCGGGACGAAGGGUGAGGUUGACAAAUCUCAGAUACACAGUUUAAACGGAGACAGGUUUCGGCGGAGGGCAAAGCGGAAAUCAACCCUCACCUGCACAAGUGUGUUUGUGGAGGAGCUUAUGUAUCGGUAUGGACUAUAGUGCCAAUUGCAGAUUGGAUGUUAGGGAGUGCAGACAAGCCUCACAUGCUCGCACGUUAAUCACUGGUGUGCAGUGACUGUUGCUGAAGACCUCAACAGGAUAACAUCCUUUCUAUGCUUUUACCUCAUUCUUUUCUUCAGUCUAGAGAAACUCCUCAGUUCUUGCGUUUGAACUCAGUUUGUGACUCCCCUUCCCCUCCCCUUUUUCCCCUGUUCUUGUCCCCUUUUCUCCUCUCCUCCCUCUUUUCCCUAUUCCUUAUUUUCCUUCUUUCCCUGUUGACCUCUUAAUUGAAUUUGGAUCUUCCUGUGAGUUACAAUGAGUUGGCUGAGUCGUUUAACUCCGAGGGGUCCAGGGACUCGGACCAGCCGACAUUCGGCCCCAUCCAGCCCAUGCACUGCCGACCCGGAGACUUGUCUUAUGGUGUUUGAGAACCACUGGCGACAGGUGUCAGGGGUGUUGAAACAGAGGGAGUCAUCAGUGGGUAGUGGUGCUGAUGAUCUCACAGCCGUUCGCAAUCACACAGAUCAGAUGUUGUGUCUGCUAGCCGAGGAAAGACCACCAGAGGGAGACAGCGAUUCACCAGCGAUGGGUCCUAUUCUGAAGAUGGUGGUGGCAGAGAACAUUUUGGAGGAGGUGGUUAAGUGGCAUGUACGCCAUGGUCUGGAUCCAGAAAGCCAGCUGGACCUGUUAAAGCUGUUUGAGAUGCUUAUGGGGCAGUCCCAUCAGCCCCUGAUCCAGCACAGUGCAGUGCUACAACCUCUGCUUAGCUUGCUGGGAGCAUGCAUGGACCCCCAGUUGGGCUGCCCUCCUGCCCUGGAGUCCAGCCUUGUGUUGCUGCUAAAUCAGGUAUGCGUGUCCAUGGCGAAAAACACUGCAGUUUUGGAGAUGUUAUUUAGGUGUGGGCCUGUACAGCAGGGUCCCACUAACCUGCUGAUCUUCUCCCUGUUGGUGCCAUUUAUCCAUCGAGAUGGAUCUCUGGGGCAGCAGGCCCGUGACGCGCUGCUCCUCGUCAUGGCAACAUCUGCCAGCAACCACGCUGUUGCACGCUACAUCUCAGAGAACUCCUACUUCUGCCCAGUGCUGGCGACAGGGCUGAGUGCACUUUAUUCAUCCCUGCCACGGAAGAUCGAGGUACGGGGCGACGACUGGAACGCCUUGCGAAAGGAGGACUGGAUGGGAGUCUCCUCACUGGUGUUGUUCAUGAACAGUCUUGAAUUUUGCAACGCUGUCGUACAGGUGGCACACCCUAUUGUGCGCUGCCAACUCCUCGACUACCUCCACAACGGCUUCCUGGUGCCAGUCAUGGGCCCUGCUCUGCACAAGUCGUCGGUGGAUGAGAUGAUAGCAAGCACAGCAUAUCUGGACUUGUUUCUUCGCAGUAUCACAGAAACUUCCCUUCUCAAGACUUUUCUGCGCUUCAUUUUGUUGCAUCGCCAUGACAACGACACCAUCCUUGACACACUACUCACGCGCAUCAGCAGCAAUUCAAGGCUGUGCAUGGUUUCUCUCAGUUUGUUCAAGACAUUGCUCAGCCUCAACUGUGAAGACCUCAUGCUCCAGCUUGUUCUCAGGUAUCUGUUGCCAUGUACCCAUGUAAUGCUGAGUCAGAAGAGGGCAGUCAGAGAAACGGACCUCUAUGGCAAAUCCGCUGACAAGUUCCUUUCCCUCAUACCAGAAUGCUGCAAAGUGAAUGCAGCGCCCUCUAGUGAGCGGGAUGAUGAACCUGCCUUUUGGGGAAAGGUGUUGAGUAGCCCCACUUCAGAAUCACCAGCUCACCCUAAACCCAGCACUCCAUCUCGUCUAGCUCUUUUCAUUCGACAGCAAAGCUCGGGAGGCCCAGCCAACCCAUCCACAACUGGUUUGGAGAACACCCCGUCUUCUCCACGUGGUAAUAUUGCGUCCCCUCUCUCACCUGAUAGCCCCAUGCAUCAACUCUCAGACACCUCAGAAAUGGAAACCGGCUACCUAGAGUAUCUGCGAGAUGCUCGGAGGGGUAUUGAGCUUUGUUCCUGGGCCUGUCGAGACUGGUCGGCCCCUUAUGAUGGGGAAAAUCCCUCCCCCAACUCGGCUCCUAUGCCCCCUGCCCCUCCUACAUCUAACCCCUCACUCAGUGUGGUACCAGAGCAUUUCUCCCUGACUGACCCUGCCCAGCAAAGGGCUGCUGUGGUUGCUGCAGCGCGUGCUGAAUGGAGUGGUUCUGACCGAGAUAGUGGAGAGUGGGACGUUACCAUUACCAAGAACUGCAUAAGCCUCACACCUCGCAGCAAGAAACGCAGCCUUCUUCCAAGCUCUAUACCCUUACAGUCUUCAUCUUCUGCAUUAGCAUCCACAGAGGUAACGGGUGCCGUGGAAACUUCAUCCCAGCGUUCGCAUUCUGCAUCUCAUCCAGCUCUCCAUAAUGGGACGGGACAGGUGGAUUUGGCAGAUACUGUGGAUGAUAGAAUGGAGAUUAAAAAAGUGAAAAGAGACUCUGAUGUAAAUAGCAGAGUGGUGGAGUCGGAGCAGAACGGAUCGAUGGGUAUGGGCCCAGUGGGCUCCAGUCUUCCAGUACAUGGAGUGUGCAGUGAUUACCACGUAGGAUCUGCACUAAAAUCAUCUCAGGUGCGAUUAAACUCACAUCAGCAACUAAAAACAACCCUGCCCUCCUCUAACCAGGAGUGUUUGCAAAGUGAAGGCUUGACAGAGUCCUCCUCAAUGCCCAGUGACAGAAGGGGUCCAGAAUCCGUCGAGCGUCUGAUAGAGGAGUUGCUAGAGCGGGCACCAUCGGAACCGUUGCCUGGUGAUUUGAAGUGCCAGGGCAUCAGCAUUGAAGCUUUUCACCAGGAGCUGAAGGAGUUGGAAGAACAUGUAGGAGAGCGAAGGGUUCUUUCGCACAACUCUGAGGAAUCCAAUCGGGACUCUCACACCAUUGCUCCUAGCCUCACAGAUGAAGAUUGUCUUCCAGUGGAGAACGAUCAGCGGGCAGAUGAAACGAGGCCUGACAGCUCUUCCACUGGGGUAUUUAGCCCCGCACGACCCCUUGGACAACCUCUUGCCCAACCGUACACAGGUCCGUUUAUAAUGAUCCUAUUCAGUAAACUGGAGAACAUGAUGCAGAACUCCUUGUAUGUGAACAUUUUGCUGACAGGCGUUGUGUUCCAGCUGGCCUGUUACCCUCAGCCUCUUCUUCGAUCUUUCCUCCUCAACACCAACAUGGUGUUUCAGCCCAGUGUUAAAUCACUCGUACAGGUGCUAGGAUCAGUAAAAAAUCGCAUUGAGACAUUUGCAGCAGCACAUGAAGAUUUUCCUGCCAUGUUGAGAAAGGCUCGGCGCUUUCUGCUCGCGAGAGGAAAGUUAGACUGGACAGACUCGCCCACGGGAGUGCCCAACCUCCGUCGAUCAGACUCAUUAAUUAAAAGCCGCAAACCAUCCCUGGGCGAUCUUAUCCUGAGGCACACCAACAGUCCUACAAGAGCUCGACAUGCAGCUCAGUUGGCAUUGGCCCACGUGAGAGAUGGAGGGCAGUCUCUGCACAGCGCUCUGUUUCGGGGUGCCAUGGGUGGUGGGGCUUCAAGCUUGGAAAAGCAGGCGGAGGCACUAAGGGUGAAGAAUGCAGUCUACUGUGCUGUCAUUUUCUCCGAAUUUCUCAAAGAGCUGGCAGCACUUGCACAGGAACAUGCAGUAGCCUUACCUUUCUCACCAAGUCAAGGCACUGAGGAAUAACUCAAACCAGAUGUUUCCUCUAUAUCUGCAUCAUCCACUGUUCCAGGCACUGUAGACUAAUACCUGUGAUUUUACUUUUUUUUUUUUAAAGAAGCUACAGGCUUUUAAGGGACAUAAUGCACUCAAGAGACAGGAAAUAAACAAACCUUCGUGUAGGUAGAGAGAUGCCAUCACUUGUUUAUAAUCUCAUGUUCAUAAUGUAAUUUUUGUAAUUGUACAGGUCCAUUUAUCCAUUAAGCUUUAGGAAAUUGUGCAUAUAAAUUGUGUAUAUAGUCUAUAUAGAAUAUCUAUGUGUAUAAUGAUUUUGUACACAUUUAAAAAGACUUGCAUCCUUGAAGCUGGAGGAAUUUGGUUGUAAACUUGCACUCCCUACAUUUCUAUGUCAAUUCAGAGUUAAAGUAGACUCACUACUCAUUUUCUUUUAAACUUUUAUGGGUGUGGUAGGGCCAUUUACAUUUUUAACCAUGAUGGGAACUUGUUUUUUUAUAUAUAUAUAAAAAAUGUGUCAUCAUAUCACACCAAAUAAUGGUCUUUUGUAAAGGACUGAAUAUAAGACACUUACUGUUUUCACACACUGGGCAAUAAGUCCUCAGACUCUCAGCAGGAUUUGGCCUUUAUUGAAACAUCUUUUAGAUUCAACAAAUAUACAUGCACUUGACAAAAUGUCCAAUAAGGUCUUUUAAUAGUACACAUUUUUUCCCACACAAGUUCAAAGGGAUUUUCCUUUUAAAUCUCUGACAAAUUCAGCAUACACUAGAUGGACUUUUGUGUUGAUUUUAAUUGCAAAAGGUUUACAUUUGCAUUGUCCUGAGUGGUGUGAGUAUCUGCCAUGGGAAAUACUAACAGUACACUCAGUCUGAAUGGCAUUAGGGAUCCCCUUUAAUUUCGAAAGGUGUAUUAUCCUUCCCACAAAGAUCUCCACCUAUAAUGGAUGUUAGUGGCGUGUUCAGGUGAAUAUCUCUUGGCUUCUGACUGGGUGCUAUUAUCUUAAAUUUUUGAUUGGUAUGUGCAAGAAGAAGCAUGGUAGUUACCUGUCCCUUUAUGGAGUGAGCCAAGUUCCUUAAAUCAUAAGCCAUCUUAGUGUUGGAUCAUAUAGUGUUUUUGUUAUUAUCCACGUCAUUUUGCUAGUGGUUUGGAGUAUGAGAGAUCAGACAUAGUGUGCUUUUAUUUUGUUUGUUGUGGUUUUGUUUUGUUUUGUUUUUAUUGCCAAACCACUUUUGACACUUUAAUGUUAUGAAUGGAAUUAAGGAUGGAUGUGCAUUUGUUUUUUUUUUUUACAGUAUUGUUUUGCCCAUUUUUAAGUACAUCAUUUACAAAGCGAAAUGCUAAUCUGAAAUUCUAACAGCAUCUGUCCCAAAAGCUGUUUUGUCACAUAUAAGCCAUAUGCACAUUACCUCAAUUGUUUUUUUUAUUUUUUUGUUUGUUUCAAAUAGUAUUUUGCUGCUCCAGUUGUGGGAGUUUGCUUAUUGCUUAUUAAUCUGAUAUUGUUUUAAGUGUAAAAUGUGAUCAGUUUAUAGAUUUAAAACUUAGUUAAGAGUUUCAUUUAAUUUUUUUUCUUUAUCAAUCUAUCCAUCUAUCCCUUCAUGCAGUCUUUGCAUGACCUUCUGAUGGUUUUCUGCUUUUGUUAACCCAAGUAUUUUUUUAGCAUGUUUAGCAUGUAAAUUACAUCUUUCAGAAUAAUGAAGAGAAUGGUGUGAAGAAAAGACUUCAAGAUUAUAUUUGGCAUCUCUGAAAUGUGUUAAGAAUUCAUAAUUUUGAUUGUAUACGUGUUUUGGAAGAGAAAUGAGAGAAUGGGAAAGACAAAGAGCAAAUGGUUAAAUGAUGAAACGGUACAUAUAUUUUCAUGUUCAGUUUUCUCAACAGUGAUAACAAUUUCCGUUAAAUUUCUAAAUUAGAAAUGAUAUAUGCACAUUCGGUCUGUCAUAGGAUUUAAAUGCACAAAAAAGUUUUUAGGACGUGAUUUUAUGCCUGAUGUGGUGCAUGUUUUUUUUCUUUUGUACUCGAGUAUUGAUAUGAUUUUGAAAAAUCUGUUUCACAAUGAUUUGUGUAUGCUUGUUAUAGAAGUGUUUGCUUGAUGCAUCAGUAAUCAUGCAUCUUUAAUUUGUUUCCUUUUUUCCACCCUUUUUGUUUGAAUGGAACUUUAAAGGAAGUCUGCUGCUAAUCUAUGCAAAAUGGUUUCUAUUAUUUUGGUUAAGCUAAGAUGGUUAAACUGUUGGGAACAUACACAAACUACAUUUACAAUCUUGAAGGCCACCGUAAUUAUCUACUUAUCCCUUAAAUAAUUGUCUGGACUAUGGAAAUCUAAUGCAAGAUGAUGAAUGUGAUCAAAAUAUUUUUCUAUAUUUAAAAGGGAGAGCAAAGUAGAAGUGAAUGGAGAAUUAAAUCAACGUUAAACCUUCAAAGAAGAUCAAACACUAAAAGGGAAUGUUUUAUUAAUUUAUAAAUGUUUUACCUGGCAAUA